AUGAAGUUUCAAGUUGUCUCCAUCAUUAUCAGUCGUUUGCUUCUUGUGGAUUCAGUGAUUGCAUUUCCUAUGACUGCUCAGCGCCAGAUACGUCACAAGUCCCGUCAGCUAUCCCGUUCAGUCAACCGAGAGAGUUACCUACCUCAGAUAACCAGCCUCAGUGGGGACAUUAUUCCAGACCACAAUUCCGGCAAUAUAUACAGCAGCAACUGGGCCGGCGCGGUACUAAUUGGCACUAGCUUUACUUCGGUGACCGCACACUUCAUCUUUCCCACCCCAAAAAUUCCACCAGAAGGCUCCACAAGUCAACAGUAUUGCGCCUGCGCAUGGAUCGGCAUUGAUGGACACACUUGCCAUACAGCGAUCCUGCAGACAGGUGUGAGCUUCUGUAUUAGUGGGACCUCUAUCUCUUACCAAGCCUGGUAUGAGUGGUUCCCGGAGCCGGGAGGGUUUUUUGACAAUAUCACCAUCGCUUCAGGCGACAAGAUCAGAGUGACUGACAAUGCUUCAUCGCAGACCUCUGGCACUGCAACUGUUGAGAACCUCACAAACGGAGAUAUUGUGACUCGGGUAUUCAACGGUGCUAUGAGCGGUACUCUGUGUGAGUAUAAUGCUGAAUGGAUUGUUGAGGACUUUUCGGAGAGUGGGAAUCAGGUUCCGUUUGCCGACUUUGGAGCCAUUACAUUCUCAAAUGCCAUUGCUACUGGGGGCGGACUGGUCCUGGGGCCAUCUACUGCCACUCUUAUGGAUUUGAUACAGGACAACACGGUGCUUACCUCAACCUCCCUCACCUCGACUUCCGUCACCUUGGAUAGCAUUACAGUGAGAUAUAUUUAA